AUGGGGCGGCUGCUGCUGGCAGCUGAGUUGUGGUUCCGAGCGCUGGGCCUCCGGCCCUUCCCACUGCAGGCCGCCUUCGACCGUCACGAGGUCUUCGAAGCAGCCUUCACAGCGGUCACAAAUUAUGCGGGCUUGCAGCCAGGAUGCUGGCAGGGUCACUUCACCUGGGCAAGCUGUUGCCGCAAGACCUUCAAGGUGAACGGCACCAGGCACUUGCACAUUGUGCCGCCAGGCGAGGCCUCGUGCUGGGAUGGGGACUUCACUUUCCAGCUGUGCUGCCUCGAUGUUGCCCCAGCCGCGCUGGCGCCGCUGCCUUGCCAGGAGGGCUACGUGGCCACGCAGCUCCUGGGCACGCUGGAGCCACACUCGGCCGGCGUUGGGCGGGAAUGGCCCUACACCAGCAGCGGCCGGUUCACCACUCACUAUGGCAUCAACCACAUCUUCGACCUCUUUAUGCUGUCGCCCGAGGGUGAUGCCUUGGCCCUGGCGAGCUGGUUCUGCAUUCAGGAGGGCCAAGAGGAGCGGACCCGAAGGGCGUUAACCUUCCAACUGGGCAGGCUAUGGGAGAAGAGUGUUGAAGCCAUCCUCAAGGAGAGCUCCGAUGUCGUUUGGGAAAACGCCGUGUACACGGACAUCGGCCUAGACAGCUCUUCGCAGGCCAAGGCGCAGCUCUGGCGGCUGCAGGCGCUGCUGAAGCAGCAGGGCUUGAAGAUGCGGGCGCGGGCUGCCGGAGAGCUGCAGCCUUUGUGCCGCCUCAGGUGGCCCUUGGACUGCGAGUGGCAGCGGAUGUGGUAUUUCUACUGGCUGCCCCUUUGCUUGCUGCCAGGCUGCUUCCUGAUUGUCAGGGCGCUCCGGGCGCUGGUGGAACCUGGCGGCACGCCAGCUCUGGAUUUCUGGAGGGUGCUCAUGGGCUGCUUGGUGGUGGCUGCCCACGUGCCCCGCUACGGCAGUGAGGUGUUCCCAUAUCUGAGCACCUGGCUGCCAAUGGCAGAGAUCCUCGCGAACACCAUGGCCUUGGCACUGUCAGCGCACCUUCAAGGACGCUCCCGAGGCUUCUGCCACUUCCUGCGGCGGGCGGCGCGUCGCUGGGCGCGGCAGGCGCCGCUGAAGGGGGCGAACGCGGGGCUGCUGCUGCUGCCGCUGCGCGCGCUGCUCACCACCGACCUGGACCCGACCAUGUGGAACUGGCAGCAGUUCAUCUCCAGGCCCUACAGCUUGCUGAGUGACCUUGUGAGCAAUACUGCAGGUUUCUACCGCACGAACUCCCUGGGAAUCUUGGCAGAGCUGCUGGAGCCGCCGGAGCACUGGGGAAAUAUGCACCUCCACUUGCGCACCACCACACCGAAUCCAUGGAUUCUGCGGGUGGAGGCCGCGCUGUGGCUCCUGGUGGCCCUUUGCCGCAGCUUGGGCUGCGAGGCGGCGCUGCUGGGGGCCCUGGCCUGGGCGCUGCUCUGCGCGGCGCGCGCGGGGUCCCCGCCCACGCCGGAGCUGGUGCCGAAGCCGUUGGUGUCCGAGCAGGGUGUCUUCUUUACGACGCCUGCUUGCGCUGCAGCCUACCUCUGCGCCUCGAUCUAUUCCGCUGCGCCGCGGCAGCUGAGGCGCCUGCUGUGGCUGGCGGCGCUUGUGCUGGGCUUGCAGGGCCUGGCGCAUGCACAGGCGCCACAGGGCUACCGCUGCACCGACUCCAAGGCGCGCUGCUUGCCGUGGGAGUACGUCAUGACGACGCUCUUCUUCAGCAGCUGGACGGUGCUGUGCUGCAGCUGCUUCGAGCUGAGCUGGGGCCUGUGGCUGAUGAGGCUGCGCCUGACCGUGCCGCUGCGCGUUCUGGCGCGCCUCACCUUCGCGGUCUGCGUGCUGCACAACUGGGUCAUCAGCUUCGUGUGGACCGGCUGGGAGGCGGUCGACCGGGCGGAGCUCGCCGAACACCGCCCGCCGCCGCCGCCGCACUGGGCGCGGGCCUACGGGGUGAGCAUGGCGGUGGCGCUGGGCUUUUGGGUCUUUGUGCAGUACCCCGCGGAGCGAAUGCCUCCUGACGCAAAGGUGGUGGAAAGGCCGGGGGGCGGCGCCUUUGGACCUCAUUUUUGUUGCGCGCUCAAGGGUUGCUAG